AUGGAACCCCUCCACACGCCUCCUAGUCCCACCGAAUUCACACCCCUCGCCGCCUACGAAUCCACCACCCCCUCUACAUUCCACCCCUCCCAGCCGAUCCUACACCAUCACUCCCCUUCCCUCACCCUCAGGAUAUUGAGGAGUGAUCUCCUUGCUGCGCCUAUCCUUGUUACACUGGUCGCAGAUGCCGGUGUCAAUGGGAAUGGGGAUGGGGCCGGGAGUUUGGGUGGGGUGAAUGGGGGCAAUAGUGAAAUACGUGGUGUGGGCAGUGAAGACGUAGAGAUAAAAGACAUAGAAGUGUACGUGACGAGUGAGAAUCUAAUAUUCUGGAGCAGGAGGAAAGAAAGUGGGGUGAGGGUGCGAUAUGAGAGUGUGGUGUUGCAUGCGCUGCAGAGUUUGGCGACUGGUGAUGGUGAAGGGAGGCAGGGGCAGGGGCUGUAUAUCCAGCUCCAACUCGGUGAGGAGAUGGGUGGGGGUGGGGAUGGGGAGGAAGAGUUUGUAGAAUUCGUACUUGUGCCUCCGACGCAAACGCGGGAAACAGGUGGGCAGAGAAACAACAGUCAAACGAAUGGCACAAGCACCGACGAUGACGAGAGUGAGGUUAGAGAAUUGUUUGAGGCUGUGGGGAGGUGUCAGGAGUUACAUCCUGAUCCGGACCCGAUGGAUGAUGAACCUGAUGGUGGGAAUGGUGUUGGGAGAGGGGUUGUAGGAGGAGAAGGAUAUGGGGAAGGGAUGGGGGAAGCCCCUAGGCCGUAUACAGUGCUUGGAGGCCAAGAGGGCCUGCCGCCGCCUAUGCCUGGCAGCGGAGGCUGGAUCACGGCUGAGAAUGUUGGGGAGUGGUUUGAUGAGGGCGGGCAGUUUAGAGGAGGCGAGGGUGGGGGAGGAGGAUUGGGCGCUGGUGCGGGGACAAUACGGACAAGAGAGGACGGUGGUGAGGGUAUGGGAGAGGAGAAUGGGGAUAGGGAAAGGGAGGGAGACGGUGAGACAAAGUGGAGACGUACGGAUUCGUGGCAGUUGAGCUGUUAG